ACUUGUCUUCACAAAAUAUCCCCCUAGGGGGUAUGUUCUGUGCUUGUCUUUAUCUAUGAGUCAAAAAUGGCAGCCUGAAAUGUAAAGGUGCUAAAAACUGUUGUGUUUUUUUAUCAAAUCGGUUAGUAAAACCCACUGUAAGCAUGGGAAAAGAGCCUCUCUAGUUACUCCAAAAUCUGCAAUAAACCAGCAAACGCCCAAGGAAAAUUGUCAAGAAUCAUAGCCACUAUCCCAAUAAUUAGUAGAAUUAAGUAAUUUCCUACAAAAUGUUUAACUUUUUGGAUAGUAAAUUGUUGCCAAAGAUUCUUCUUAAGCCAUUGGCAACUGAUAGUUAUGAAGCGGACAAUUUAAUAAGCACUGAUUUUUCGAGUAAAGCUCGAGGUUUUAUAGCGUAUCCUUCAAUCAAACCGCCUGUGGAAUUGGAAUUUGAAUUUUUAUGUGAAGUAAAUAUUGCGUAUAUUGUUCUAAACACUUCGGUGGGCAACCACAGAUGUUCAGGCAUUGAACUCUUUGCCAAGAAUUCGACUGGCGAGUAUUGUUCAAUCGCUAGGGCUGUUUAUGAGGCUCCUAUUGUGAUUUUUUGCAACAAGAGGGACUAUUCGAUGUCAAACCCUCCUCCUUGUCGUUUUUCCAAAAGUACCACAGAGCUGAAUUUUCUGAAAGGUUGCGCCUUUAAGUUUUUCCUGAACGCUGCAGGCCUGAAAAUUGUCAUAUUUAGGACCCAAAGGUCAGUACCCUGCUUAGCGUCGGUGGAAGUUUGGGGAAAACCAGCAAGAUCUUGCUCUCAAAAGACUGUUGAUACUGUACAACGACUUGUUAUUGAAAAAAUCUCCGCUGUAGAGCCUGUAGAAGCUGAAACGGUGCAAUUUAAAAUCCCUGGUGAAUUUAAAGACGAUCUAACGUAUCAGCUAAUGACUAUUCCUUAUACGUUACCCAGUGGAAAAACCGUGGAUUAUACCACUCUAGAGAAACACGUGGAAAGUGAAAAAUCGUUCGGGAGGAAACCAGGCGAUCCUUUCACAGGAAUUAAAUUCACGGAGACUUUGAAACCUGUGUUAAACGUGGCCUUAAAGAGUAGAAUUGAUAUGUUCUUGUUGAGAAAUAGUCACGCGACUGAGACUUUUAAUUUAAAAAGAACCUUAGGACUAGGCAAUGCACCUAAAAGGCUUAAAGGCCCCAUAAGUAGCGACGAGCGAGAGUUAAACGGUGCUAGCACUGAGGUGGAUAUUUUAAUACAAAAAGCCAAAACUGAUCCGAAUUUUACAUCGUUUUCUAGUUCGAAUGAAUGUACUGAAAAACACUGCGCGUUUUGUAAGAAAACAUUUCAGUCUUUGUAUGAACUUCCGUGCAAGCAUUUCUACUGCAGGAAGUGUUUAUUGUCAAUUUGCGCCGACUGUGUGUGUAUGGAAUGUAAAAUAGUGUUUACCAAAAGGGAUGUUAAUAAAAUUGAUUUGUAAUUAA